AUGCGAGCAACUCAGCAAAUACUUGAUUUAAAUUUUGCAAUAAAAUUGGGUUAUUUACGCUAUAUUUAUAUGGAUGAAUUGUGUAGAAAUUUAGAUGUUUAUUACGAUGAGGAUAAUGAAUAUAGGCCCUUUUUUAUUGGAGCAUGUGAAGGAGUUAGACCAACUUUAAGGAAUAUUAAGAAAAUUAUUUUGGCUAAGGAUAAAGAAGAGGAUAAGAAGAAAGAAAAAAUUAUUUUGGAAGAAAAAGCAAAACACGAAACUAAGGGAAAUUUAGAAACAAUUUUGGAAGAAGAUGAACAUAAAAAUAAGAAAGGAAAAGCUGUUCUUGAAGAAGAUAAGCAUGAGAAUAAGAACAAUGAAGAAACCAUUUUGGAGGAGGAAGAUGAGGGCGAGCAUGGGAAAAACGAAGAAAAUAUUUUAAAAGAAGAUGAGGACGAUGCUGAGAUUAAAGAAGUUAUUUUUGAAAAUGUUAGUAAGAAUUUGGGAUUAGAAUAA